AUGGCGUGUUUUCGCGUGAACGUUGUAGAAGACUUGGACGACGCGGCGCUGGCGCAGACGGUCGCCGACGUCGCUGCGACAGGCAAGGGUGCAGACAGGGAUGCAGGUAGGGACGUAGGCAGGGAUGCAGGCAAGGGUGCAGGCAGGGAUGCAGACAAGGGUGCAGACAGGGAUGCAGGUAGGGACGUAGGCAGGGAUGCAGGCAAGGGUGCAGGCAGGGAUGCAGACAAGGGUGCAGACAGGGAUGCAGGUAGGGACGUAGGCAGGGAUGCAGGCAAGGGUGCAGGCAGGGAUGCAGACAAGGGUGCAGACAGGGAUGCAGCACAAGUGUGCGGUGCGCAAAUUCUGAUGGAAUCGCGACGAGAGAUGACCGAGAUAAAAAAGGCGGGCUCUCCUCACCGGCUAGGCGCGACGAAGCUGAGCCAUCGCGAGAAGAAGGACGUCGAGAAGUCGCAGCGCAACCGCGCCUUCAGCGCCGACUAG